AAACUCGCUCACACGAGAGGUUCGAAGGUUGAUUGAUUAUUUGCAAAUUUUUGCCGUUGAUUUAGUGAGUGAUUGAAGCAUGGCCGAACUGCUGGAAGAUUUUCCUGCUGGUCCCCUGGACCUUUACAGGCGAAAGGCGUCCUUUGACUGGAAGCAGAUGAAGCUUUUCCUGUUCGGCGAGGAGGAAAUUCGGCACAGUCACCACAUCUGGCAAGUGUUGCGCAGGUAUCCAGAAUUCCAGCCAAUCCAGACGCCGCUAGAUUUCGACGCCGAGCGCCAUCUAGCGUUCAAACAGGCCGCCAUCAUUCGCCACCACCAAGCGGAAAUAUACGAUACAAAAUUCAACGCUUUCAGCGAUUAUGCUCCGGCCGCUUUGGUGAAAAUGGGCCUGGGCAUCAAGAUUUUCACGGGUAUUCUGGAAAAGCUGGGCAGCGAACGGCACCGUGGGAUCAUCCAGGAAAUUCGCCAGGGAAAGGUAAGCGGCUGCUUUGCCAUGACGGAAAUCGGGCACGGAACCAACGUGAAGGGAAUGAAGACUUCGGCGACUUACCUUUCGGAGAGUGAGGAGUUUGAGCUGCACACGCCGGACUUUCUGGCCGCCAAGUGCUGGGCUGGGAAUUUGGGAAACGUGGCAACGCACGCCAUCGUCUAUGCGCAGCUGUACGUCAGUGGCGUGCAUCAUGGACUGCACGUUUUCGUCGUCCCCAUCCGCGACCCCGAGACCCUUCAGCCCUUCCCUGGGGUCACCGUUGGGGACAUGGGAGAGAAAAUCGGCCUCAAUGGCAUCGACAAUGGGUUCUUGCUGUUCUCCCACUACCGCAUCCCUAGGGCGUAUCUCCUGAACGACACCGGCGACGUCACGGAGGAGGGGCGUUACGUCACGCCCUAUCAGAACGAGUCUCAGCGCUUUGGCGCCUCCCUCCUCGCCCUCUCCGCGUCCCGCGUCUGGGUGACCGCCCAAUCGGACGCGUAUGGGGGCUGCGCCCUCACCACCGCCCUCCGCUACUCGGCAGUGAGGCGCCAAUUUGCGCCCAGCGAGGGGGAGCAGGAGGUGGCCAUUCUGGAGUACCAAACGCAGCAAUACCGCCUGCUGCCCCACCUGGCGGCCGCCUACAUGCUCAAGGUCUUCACGCGCUACCUGAACGACGUGUUCGAGCAGAUGAUUGGCCAGCCGCGCUCCGCCUCCAUCUCCCUAUUGGCCGUGGAGGUUCACGUGGUCACGUGCGCCGCCAAGCCGCUCUCCGGUUGGCUGAUGCGCGACGCCAUCCAGAGCUGCCGCGAGGCGUGCGGCGGGCACGGCUACCUCAAGGGGGCGGGGCUGGGGGCGUGGCGCGCCAAUCAGGACGCCGCCCUCACCUACGAGGGCGAAAACUGGGUGCUCGUGCAGCAAACGUCGAACUUCCUGCUGAAGAUCUGGCCGCAGAUUCGGGCCGGCACGAUCAUCGAAUCCCCCCUGGGCUCGGUGGAUUUCCUCAAUGAGUGGCAGGAGAUUUUGAGGGCGCGCUUUGAGGCCACCACUGUGCAGGAGCUGUGCCGCCCUGCAGGCAUUCUGCGCAUGUUCCAGUGGCGCGCCUGCUAUCUGCUGCAGCAGACCGCGCAGGCGCUGGAGGGGCGGCUGGAGGGCGGCCAGACGAAGUUCUGGGCCAGAAGCGACUCGCAGGUGUUCGCCGCCAAGGAUCUAGCGGUGGCCUUUAGUGAGCACUUCCUCCUGCGGAAGUUCCUGGAUAAAGUGGCCAGCUGCUCGGAUGGCGGGCUGCGCCCGGUGCUGCUAAGGGUGUUCGCCCUCUACGGGCUCUUCAGCCUGGAAAAGUCCCUGGGGUUGCUGUACCAGGGCGGGUUCGCGCAGGGCGCCGCCCCCGGCCAGCUGAUCCAGAGGGGCGUCCUGGAGCUGUGCGCCCAGUUGAAGGAUGAGGCGGUCGCCCUUGUUGACGUGAUCGCCCCGCCCGAUGCUGUGCUGAACUCGACUCUGGGCGCGUCCGAUGGGCGCGUUUAUGGGCGGCUGGAGCAGGCGCUCUUCGGGUCGCCCUAUGGGGCGGGCAGGCCCACCUGGUGGGCGGAUAUCGUCGGCUGGAAGCAGUUUGGCCUGCAGGCCAAACUUUGAUUGACUGUUUUUGGGGUUUUUAAAUAUAUUUUUGGGGUUUUUUGGAAAAAA